CGUUUAGUGAAUUUCAGGCCAAACAACCAAAUACUAUCUAGACAGAAUCUUUUGAACAGUACAACCUAGAAAGAAAAAAAAAUCCUCGUCUUGUUCAGUUCUUAAAUCCCAUAUUAUUGGGAAGACACUUCAUCCAAGUCCCUACUGUUUUUUUCUCUUUUCUUGCCUUGAUCUCCGUUUCUGUUCGUAAAUGUCAUUUACAUAUUCUUUCUAGGGUUUUUGGUAUACUUCACUCAAAUUGAGAUUUGUUGAUUGCGUAAGGCUUGUUCACCCUAUUUGAAGCAAGAAGUAUAAAGACAAUGCAAAAGGAAAACAUUUCCAAUGCUCCGUCAACCCCAUCUGGGAGACUGAGGCAUCGCAGGCGCUCACAUGAGACUCUUCUUGACCCGAAUAAAGCAAAUGGAGGCCAUUUACUUGUCAAUGACCAGAACAAAUAUAAGUCGAUGUUGAUCCGUGCAUACUCGUCUGUGUGGAUGAUUGGGGGCUUUGCAUUUGUCAUCUACAUGGGCCAUCUCUAUAUCUGGGCCAUGGUUGUUGUGAUCCAAAUCUUUAUGGCGAAGGAGUUAUUUUGUUUACUCAGAAAAGCUCAUGAAGAUAGCCACCUUCCAGGAUUUAGGCUUUUGAAUUGGCAUUUUUUCUUCACCGCAAUGUUAUUUGUCUAUGGCCGCAUCCUCAGUCAACAACUAGUCAACACCGUGACAUCUGAUAAAUUCUUAUACAAGCUUGUCAGCGGUCUCAUUAAGUAUCAAAUGUUCAUUUGUUAUUUCUUAUACAUUGCAGGAUUUAUGUGGUUCAUUCUUACCUUGAAGAAGAAGAUGUACAAGUAUCAGUUCGGCCAGUAUGCAUGGACACAUAUGAUUCUAAUUGUUGUGUUCACUCAGUCAGCUUUCACUGUUGCAAAUAUUUUUGAAGGAAUUUUCUGGUUUCUUUUGCCAGCAUCACUUAUUGUUAUCAACGACAUUGCUGCAUACAUAUUUGGUUUUUUCUUUGGGAAAACCCCUUUGAUCAAGCUAUCUCCAAAGAAAACCUGGGAGGGUUUUAUUGGUGCAUCUGUUACAACUAUACUGUCUGCAUUUGCACUAGCAAAUGUUAUGGGCCGUUUCCAGUGGCUUACAUGCCCUAGGAAGGAUUUAUCAACUGGCUGGCUUUACUGUGAUCCUGGUUCCCUAUAUAAGCCCGAUAUUUAUUCUUUGGCUGCGUGGCUUCCUGAAUGGUUUCCAUGGAAAGAGGUAUCUGUUUUGCCAGUGCAGUUUCAUGCUCUUUGUCUUGGUCUAUUUGCUUCAAUUAUAGCACCGUUUGGAGGUUUUUUCGCUAGUGGGUUCAAAAGAGCGUUUAAAAUCAAGGAUUUUGGCGAUAGUAUCCCUGGACAUGGUGGCAUUACAGAUAGGAUGGAUUGCCAGAUGGUGAUGGCUGUAUUUGCAUAUAUAUAUCAUCAGUCUUUUGUCGUACCUCAGAGCUUUUCUGCCGAGAUAAUCUUGGAUCAGAUAUUGAGAAACCUUAGUUACGAGGAACAACGGGCUUUAUAUAUGAAGCUAGGGCAGAUCUUUCUCGAGCGGCAAUUCGGUUGAUAUGAAAUGAAGCUUAGCUUAUUUCCCAUGUAACAGUAUAUCGAUUCUUUACUUGGCAUGUGGUUCAUGUGGUAUUGUCUUCUCAAGCUCAACAAUGUGUGAAGAUUUACGCCACAACCUGUAUUCGAAUCGAAUGAUGUAUAGUUUCCUCUUGCAGGCUCUCAGUUUAGAUUUAAGUUUGUAGUAUUAAGCUUGUAAUUUUGUUGUCAUGUUUUCAGAUAAUUUUUGGUCCAUGGAUAUUUUUUGGAGGACCUGUUGUAGCUUAGACUAUAUGAUUUGAUUAUUUUUUACUGAAUCAUGUUUAUGUAAUAUAUCUUUGCACAUCAUAUAUCGAUUGAUCUUUUUCCCA